ACGUUUAAUGCAUAGUCUAAUCUAAAAUAACACCACCUUGUUUACUAGCCUUAUAUAACGAUAAACGUAUGACAUCUAGACCAAUUUUUUAAUAUCACCUGUAGGAUAUUAUCUGAACCGGAACGAAUGUCUCACCUUGUAUACAAGCGGUCUACUUUCUGACUUCUGCUUGGCCUGGGAUAUAUUUAAAAGAAGCAGAGUAACAAUCUCGGAACCAUUCACAGCUAAACGUUCAAAGUUAUCAGAAUGCCUUACAAUCAAGUUUUGGGAUCCACAAUUGACCCGGCUUCUUGGGUUAAAGUGUCUCCUGUUUCUGUGUUCAGUUUUCUAGAUCUGACAACAAUCUUGGUUUUCACUCUUGUGUUCUUGGCUCUUGCCUUUGUGAUGGGCAGACCGUCUACAUCCAUUCCCGGGCCAUUCGCGCUUCCCUUCAUCGGAAAUCUCAUCCAAUUCCUCCGUAUGGGUAGAAAACGACACGUUGGACUGUUGGCUCUGCGGAAGAAGUACGGCGACGUAUUUCGUCUGUAUGUCGGUCCGUAUCAGAUGGUGGUCAUCAGUGGGUAUGACAAUAUUCAUGAUGCUUUUGUUAAACAUGCAGCCCAAUUCAGCGACCGCCCAAACUGGUUACCUGAGAUACAGAGAAGGACAAAUAGUGGAUUUGGAAUUGUUUGGGCAAAUGGAGAGAGCUGGAAGAAAGUACGACGAUUUGCUCUGCAAAGUAUGCGCGAUUUUGGCGUCGGAAAGAAAUCUCUCGAGGAAGUUAUCCAAGACGAGGCUAAAACCCUGAGCGCCAUUUUCGCCUCCAAGGAAGGACAACCGAUCUCUGACGUAAAACGCAUGAUGACGACAUCAAUUAGCAACGUUAUUCACCAUGUUGUAUUUGGAUUUAGGUAUCCUCAUGAUGAUAAGAAGUUUUUGGAAUUGAUCGAGGCCCUGGACACCUUGUUUAAAGGGCCGGGGGCCAUCAUAGCAUCACUUCCAAGUAUACUGCAAUUUAGAAUGGGAAUUUCAAAGAAGGAUAGGAAGAAAGCACAUGAAGUCCUACUCCUUUACGUAAAAGAUCAAAUAGAAGAGCACGAGAAAACAUAUGAUGAAAAUAACAUCAGAGAUUUCGUAGAUCUAUAUAUUCAGUCACAGAGACAAGAUGGCGAAAUGAAAGUUAAUCACUUGUUCCGAGUUAUCCUAGAGUUAUUUUCGGCUGGAACAGAGACCACCGGAACCUCUCUAGAUUGGGCCUUUCUGUACAUGAUAAGUCAUCCGAAAAUUCAAGAGAAAUGUUACGAAGAAAUAAAAAAGAAUGUCGGAGUUGAUAGAGAAGUUCGUUUAUCAGACAAGUCACAGUUGCCAUAUAUUGAAGCCACACUCAUGGAAGUACAAAGAAUAGCAAAUAUAGCAAACUCAUCUCUACCGCACACGGCGACAGAGGAUGUUGUGAUCGCUGGUCACGUGAUUCCAAAGAACUCUAUAGUUAUGGGUUUCCUCACAUCGUCACAUUUAGAUCCGGAAAACUUUUCCCGACCUCACGAAUUCUGUCCAGAGAGAUUUAUUGAUGAAGCCACUGGAAAAAUAUCAAACAAAGAUCAUCUCAUUCCUUUCUCAAUAGGUCCAAGAAUAUGCCCGGGAGAAUCUUUAGCCAGAACCGAAAUGUUUAUAGUCUUUUCUAAUCUCAUUCAAAAGUUCCGCUUCUCCAAAGUAUUAGAGUCGGACGUGUUGAAUUUUGAAGGCAUUGUUGGAAUAACAACAUUUGCUCAACCAUACAGAUUAAAAGCAGAAAUUCGGGAGUGACUGUUUUGUGAAUUUUAAAGUUUUUUUGCAUAAUAAACUUUGUUGUUGAAAAUGUUCACUCAAGUACUAGGGUACAUGGUAUGAUUGCUGUUGAGAAAAUGUAAUAUUAUAUGUAUGCAUUUCUUGCCUAUUGUGUUGUAAAGUGAUGUACAAAAUAACAUAAUUAUGUUCAAUGAAGAAAUUUAAGCGGUAGCUUACUGCUUAAAACA